AUGUCCGCAUUCGACGAGUACCAGACCCCUCUGGUGUCUCGCUACACCAGUAGCGAGAUGCGAAAGAUCUUCACCCCGCGCCAGCGUUACUCGACGUGGCGCCAGCUCUGGCUCUGGCUGGCCGAGGCCGAGCAGGAGCUGGGCGUCGACAAGAUCUCCAACGAGGCCCUCGACGCGAUCCGAGCCAACCUCGUCGUCAGCGACGACGCCUUCAAGGUCGCCGCCGACGAGGAGAAGCGCGUGAGGCACGACGUCAUGGCGCACAUCCACGCCCUGGAGAAGGACGCCCCGGCUGCCGCGGGUGUCAUCCACCUCGGCGCCACCUCUUGCUUUGGUACGUGA